AUGAUCGAAUUACAUGAUUUAUCUCCUGAUGAAUCACUUGAUAGUACGGCUCCGUCAAAUACUGAUCAUUCAUCUUCAAUUAUUACUUCAUCUCUUGGUCAAUGCUCAUCGAGUAAUAUUAAAUAUAAUCCGUCAAAUAUAAAAUUACUUUUAAAAGAACAACCAGAAAAAUACGUACUUGUCGAUAAUCACAAAGUGAAUACUUCAAAACCAUCUCCCUGUUGGAAUCGAUUUGCCCUUCCUGCUGUAAAAAAUGAAAUUAAUCGUAAUGUUGUUAUUAAAAAUUUUGCAACGUGUCGAUCUUGUUAUGCAACUUAUGUAUAUACCUAUGGAUCAACCAAAUCAUUAAAUUCUCACAAAUGUUCCAAAGAAUCAUCAAUAUCUACAUCACCUAGUACUAAAUCACCAUUUUUGAGUUUGAAAAUAAAUCGAUCUUUUUCUGAAAAGAAAAAGACGUUAACAUCGUUAGUUGCACUAUGGGUAUGUCAAAGUAUACGUCCUAUAAGUAUUGUUGAAGAUGAAGGUUUUUUGAAUAUUAUCAAACAAUGUGUUAGCUGGAAUGGUGGUGAGACAUCUAUUAAAAUCUUUAAUCGCUAUUCAUUACUCUAUUUUUUUCUAUUAGCUCCACUUAGUAAUAUAAAUGAUAAUGAUAUAUUACCAUCAAGAUCAACAAUCACAAGAGAAAUUAAUCGACAAGCAAAUGAUAUUCGUGAACGUCUAGGUGUUAUAUUGAGAAAAGCAGCUAAACAAGAAUGUUUAGCUAUAAGUCCAGAUUUAUGGAGUGACAAAUUCAAACAAAACAGCUAUCUUGGACUAACUGCUCAUUUUGUUGACGAUCAGCAUAUUUUACAUUCUAUUGAUCUUUGUUGUGAACCAUAUAAUGAAUUAGANGGUAACCGUUCCGCUUCCGCAGUAGUUUAUGUUUAA